AUGAAGCGAGAUGCUGACAUCAAGCAAAGCUAUGCCCGAAGGCAUGAAAUAGAGCGCGAGUUGCGAAUGAAAGUGCCAAGCUUGUCUGAGUUUGAUGCGGGAAAGAUCGCAGCUGCCAUUGACAAGCAUGAGAACUUUGACAGGCCCCAAAGCCUGCGGGUGACUGCGGGUGUUUUAGACACCAAACUGACGCUGCACACGCUUCAGCAAGGUGGCACCAAAAAGGUUGUGCAGAAAUAUCCAAGGAGCAACAUGUUGGAGAAGGCUCUCAAGGAGAUUAUCCGAGAGCAACAAGAAACCUUAUUCCCUUUAAGGAAAGAGAUCAACAUUGCGUACAGGAAGUUCUUUAUUGGAUUUCCCAGCAUCAGUGGGAGGCCCUGCUCGGUACCCACGUUGGGCAAAGAGCUGGAGACUUUGAGCCCGGAAAAGCGAGUGGAGUUGCAAAAGCAGCUUUUGGAGGACUUCAGGCGGCGGUUCAUUGGUUUUGAGCAGUACUUGAGGAAGAGAAAGCGAGAUGUCCAACAGGUUCUCAAAAAGGAAUGGAUGCCACUCGAACUGCGCCGUGCGUUCGUUGCUUUCGAUAUGUUAUGUAUGAAAAGCGAAUGGUUCACGCCAUUUUACCGACUUGCCGGCUCUCAUGAUGGACGUAUGCGAGCAGGUGCAUGGCUUCGACGUGAUCCUGAACUGAGGUCUCCAGCUGUACACAUUGCAGAGGAGGUUGACCUUCAGUUUAUGCUGCGCGUGCAGCGCGCAUUGCCAUGGCAGUUGAGGCACAACACACUCAGAUAUUGGAUUGCUUUGUUUUGGUAUUCACAUCACUGUGCGGCAAGAGAGCCCCCCUACACAGCAGAAACAGCUUCGACAGGAGUGUGGCAAUCUUUUUGCCCCCCUGCUCUUCUGAGGUAG